GGAAAGUUCUCCACCAGCCCUGCGAUCUCAAGAGUGGUACUUGUGAAACCAGCUACUUUGAUUAAAAUUCUUUUGGAAUCUGCUUGGCUAAUACGUCUAUGCAAGAUUUCAUCAUGGGAAAUUGCUAUUACAACAUAGUGGCUACUGUGCUGUUGGUCAUGAAUUUCGAGAGGACAAGAUCAUUGCAGGAUUUCUGUAGUAACUGUUCAGCGGGUACUUUCUGUGGGAAAAACAAGCAUGAGCUUUGCACUCCUUGUCCUUCAAAUAGUUUCUCCAGCACAAGUGGACAAAAGACCUGUGAUGUAUGCAGGAAGUGUGAAGGUGUUUUCAGGACCAAGAAAGCAUGUUCCUCCACCAGCAAUGCAGAGUGUGAGUGUGUGUCAGGAUUCUACUGCCUGGGGGAAGGAUGUACCAUGUGUGAAGAGGACUGUAAACAAGGUCAAGAAUUAACAAAAGAGGGUUGUAAAGACUGUUCCUUUGGGACAUUUAAUGAUCGGGAACAUGGUGACUGUAAACCUUGGACAGACUGUUCUUUGGAUGGGAAGUCUGUCCUUGUGAAUGGGACGAAGGAAAGCGAUGUGGUAUGCGGACCAGCGUCAGCAGACUUCUCUCCAGGUGCAUCUUCCACCGUCAUGCCUGCCCCUGGGGGAGAGCCAGGUCACACCACCCGGAUCAUCAUCUUCUUUCUUGCACUGACGUCGACUGCAGUGCUGUUCCUGGCGUCCUUCGUGGUGCUCCGUUUCUCUGUGGUUAAACAGGGCAGAAAGAAGCUCCUGUAUAUAUUCAAACAACCAUUUAUGAGACCAGUACAAACAGCCCAAGAGGAAGAUGCCUGCAGUUGCCGGUUUCCAGAAGAAGAGGAAGGAGAGUGUGAACUGUGAAGAGGAAAUCCAAAGACAUGUUGGAAGAAUCACAGGAGAAAUAUGAGGGAUCCCACUACCGUACCUUUCAAGUUUAAAAGCUCCAUAC